UCUUUAUAAAAUGUCUCGCUUCCUAGUCCUCGCUAUCUUCGUCCAGGCCUGCCUGCUCCAGAUGGUUCUGAGCCAGUCAUGCGGUUGUGACCAGUACUCAUACGGUUCGUCCGGACUGAGCUCACAGAGCUGCGGCUCGUACGGCGGCACCGGCAUCGGACAGGUGGGCGUGUCCGGCAACAUCGACGCGUGCGGCAACACCUGCGUAACCGGCUCCGUGCCCGUGCUCGGCUCCGUUGACUUCGGUGGCUGCGUGCCCGCUUGCGGCUCCGUGUCGAUCUCCGGACAGUGCGGAUGCGGAUGUCAGUGAUUUUUCUAACUUGACUCCAGAAAUUU